AUGAUAUGCGCUCGACGGUUUCUCCAGCUCGCCAACUGCUCGACCAGCUCUCAACACUUACUAUUCACGGAUAAUGCGACGAAAUUCCUUAAGACUGUAGAAUCUCGGCUCAAUGAGAGCAGUAAUGGGACCAUAAAUGCGCAGCCUGAACAAAUAAGCUAUUGGAAAUCAAUAAUCGAGCAGUCGAAGUUGGUAGAAGAAGCUAAAAAUGAAGUAAAUCAGUUGCAGACCAUUAUUAAUGAUUCUAAAGAAAAUGAUGAAUUACGGUUGUUAGCGAAAGAGGAUAUUGUAGGACUAAAAGAAACACUUGAUGAAAAUCUCGAAGAACUUUCUUCACGAAUUGUUCCUUUGACGAGUGUCGAUGUUCUUAGCAAAUGUCAAAUUGAGCUGAACAGCGGAGCCGGCGGUCAAGAAGCAAUGCUUUUCACUGGCGAAUUGCUAGGAAUGUAUAAUAAGCUCGCAGUGUCGAGAAAUUGGCGCUGGGAACCGUUACAGGUUGAUAAUGUUCCUCUUGGUGGAGUUCGGAGUGCAUUAAUUGCCGUCUCCGGAGAACUUGUCUAUUCAAUUUUAAGGUUUGAAGCUGGUGUUCAUCGAGUUCAGAGGGUUCCAAUCAAUGAUUCCCGUAUGCAUACAAGUACUGCAAGUGUGGCUGUGCUUCCUGAACCUGAAGAAGUAUCCGUAGUGGUUCCUAGCGAUUCGGUAAAAAUAGAAACGAUGAGAGCGUCGGGUCCAGGAGGUCAGAACGUCAACAAAAGAUCGACGGCUGUGAGGAUGACACACAAGGAAACCGGAAUUGCAGUGCAUUGCAUGGAUGAAAGAUUUCAGCAUUUGAAUAUUCAGAUUGCUUAUAAGCGAUUGGCUGCGAUUUUAAUGCAGAAGCAAGUGGAUACGAUGCACGAAAAAUUUGUGUCAAAUAGAAAACUUCAGGUCGGAUCGAAAGCUCGAGCAGAGAAGAUUCGAACGUAUAAUUUCCAGCAUGAUCGAGUAACAGAUCAUCGAAUUCAAAUGGCUGUAACUGGUGUCAGUGAAUUUCUUGGAGCUGGAGAGAACUUGGAAGCUAUGAUCGCUCGUCUUCAGAAUCAAUACAAACAGGAUAGGCUAGAGCAUAUAAUUGAGAAUUGUGAAGUUGACUAG